ACCUAGGCUGGUAAAAAGAAACCAUUGCUCUUCGCGUGAUUACGCGGGUAGGACGCUAGGGUUUGAGGGCGCAGAGAGCGACGCAGCGAGCGAGGAGGAGAGCGGCCAUGGAGACAUUCUAUCUCGUCGUCUUCGCGGUCCAGCUCCUCGCCGUGGCGGCACUCGAGUUUCGCCGUGGCAGCAAGGACCGGAUCGUCGCGACAUCGGCCUUCAAUGCCUUCAAGAACAAUUACCUGGUGGUCUACUCGCUCAUGAUGGCGGGAGAUUGGCUCCAGGGACCAUACGUUUACUUCCUCUACAGCCACUAUGGCUUCCAGAAGGGGGAUAUUGGGCGGCUCUUCAUCGCUGGCUUUGGAUCUUCCAUGCUGUUUGGGACGAUUGUGGGAUCUCUCGCGGACAAAUAUGGCCGGAAGCGAGCUAGCAUAACGUACUGCAUCACCUACAUUUUGAGCUGCUUCACCAAACACUCUCCUCAGUUCCAAGUUCUCAUGGUGGGAAGAAUUCUUGGUGGAAUUGCUACCUCGCUCCUGUUCUCGGCAUUUGAGUCGUGGCUAGUUGCUGAGCACUUUAAGAGAGGAUUCGAGGAACAGUGGCUGUCGAUGACGUUUUCUAAAGCAAUCUUUCUUGGGAACGGAUUGGUAGCCAUACUCUCGGGGCUGGUUGCCAACAGUCUCGUCGGAUCUCUCAACUUGGGACCUGUUGCUCCUUUUGAUGCCGCAUCCUGCGUGCUAGCGAUCGGCAUGGCGGUUAUCAUGUUUACGUGGGCUGAGAACUACGGAGAUCCUACCGAAAGCAAGACGCUUUUGACGCAGUUCAAAGUCGCCGGGUCUGCUAUCGCCUCUGAUGAAAAGAUUGCUCUCCUAGGAGCAAUCCAAUCUCUCUUCGAGGGCUCCAUGUACACUUUCGUCUUCCUCUGGACGCCUGCAUUGAGUCCUAACGAUCAGGAGAUUCCGCAUGGCUUCAUCUUCGCCACGUUCAUGCUGGCGUCUAUGUUUGGGAGUUCGCUCACUUCCAAGCUCAUGGCUCGCGGUCGUGUGGAAGGAUACAUGCAGAUAGUGUUCUUAGUUUCUGCGGCAGCUCUCUUUCUCCCAGUUCUCGUUGGUGUGAGUGUUUAUAUGUAUGCUCCGGUUGACGUUACUGACAUUGUUGAUCAGUUUAUGACAGAAUCGGCUGGAGAAGCUACCGACUCUAUCAGCACAAGCGGCCGAAUUCAGAUGCUCGGCUUCUGUGUUUUUGAAGCCUGCGUUGGAAUUUUUUGGCCCUCGAUCAUGAAGAUGCGCUCUCAAUACAUUCCAGAGGAAUCCAGGAGUACAAUCAUGAACUUCUUCCGGAUUCCUCUUAACAUCUUCGUCUGCGUGGUGCUUUACAACGUGAGCGCAUUCCCGAUCACCUUCAUGUUUGGAAUGUGUUCCAUUUUCCUUGUGAUGGCUGCGGUUCUUCAGAACAGGCUGAUGGUUGUGUCCGAGAAGGACAAGGCGAAAACCAAGCCGGUGGAGGCCUGGCCUGAGAAAGAGCAUGAAACGGAAGCAGAACCCCUUAACGUCUAACAUACUCGACUUGGCAAGGAAACGUAAGAGCUUGAUUUCCUCGAGGAUUUCAUUUCGGCCUGAUCUCAUUUGUGGACAGUAGUCCCGUUUUUUUCUUUUUCUUCUCUACAAAACGAGUUUUGUAGCUGUGUCAUUGCAGCAGCACCACUUCUACUUGUAUAUGUCACUAUAUCGUAAUGCAACAUUGAGCACAAUUUCCUCCGUCA